AUGCGUUGGUCUUUCUUACACGUGCUGGUAUUCUGCCAGUCUAUAUGGGCUAUGGCGUUGUACACCGUUCCUCACAUCGCCGGUGCGGAUGACAUGCCCGCUCUCAUUGCCGCUCUCGCGGUUACGCCAGCCACCGCUAACAGCACGAGUCCGGUCAUCACAUCGAAUACCACCAUCCUAUUCAAGAAGGGUGUCACGUACAAUACAUGGACUCCUAUUAGAUUCCCCACACUCACGAAUGUCGUCAUCAGCAUCCAGGGAAAUUUGACUUAUCCAGACACAAUUGAAGAGGUCCAAGCCGGCGUAACCAGCAGCACGUAUGGCGGAUCGUGGUUCACCUUCACCGGCGGCUCCAAUGUCACAUUGGAGGGAUCUAUGGACCCUAAAUGGGGUUGGGUAGAUGGCAAGGGUCAACAGUGGUGGGACGCUGUCAAUCAGACCAAUCGACCCCAUGGCUGGGCUUUCUCGAAGAUCAAAGGGGGUAUCAUUCGGAACAUGAAGCUCUGGAAGCCUGUGGCCUGGAACUUCGCGACCUCAGGCUCGGACUCUGUGCAUGCGUACAACAAUCAGAUAUACGCUGUGUCAGACUCCGCUGCGUUUCCGUUCAACACAGAUGGAUUCAGCGCUGGUGGUACCAAUCUGCUGUUCGAGAACAACCAUAUUGAAAAUGGCGAUGACUGUCUGACGGUUGGGUCUGGCGCUAUCAACAUCACGUUUCGCGAUAGCUUUUGCAAGGGCGGACACGGUUUGUCCAUAGGAUCUCUAGGUAAAGGUGGCGCAGUUGCGAACGUUCAAAAUGUCCACAUUGAAAACGUCAUAAUGAAAGAUUCGUUAUAUGCUGCCCGUUUCAAGAGCUGGACCGGAGGAAACGGGUUGGCUCGGAACAUAACAUGGAAGAAUGUCGCGUUCAGUAACGUCAUGUUCCCCAUCUAUGUUACACAGAACUACUGGGAUCAAGGCACGGGGCCAAAGCCUAACACUACCAGCCCAAACAACACGCACAUUGAGGAUUUCACAUUCCAAGGCUUCGCGGGAAGCAUUAGAGAUACUGGGUACGUCGAAGGGUCUUGCGUGACCGAUCCCUGCUGGUAUGCCGUUGCCAACGCUACGGGCCAUGAAGUGGCGAUAUUCGACCUCUAUGAAGGCACUGCCUCCAACGUCGUCGCGAAGGACAUCUUCGCAUAUACCGAAACAGGUGACGUUGGGGACGUUAUGUGUGACCCAACGACGAUUUCGACCGACGUUGGCUUCAAAUGCUGGAAUGGGCCAUUCGUCCGAACUGCAGCGGGCUGGUAA